UUCUCUUCCUUGAAAUCCAAACACUCGCAGACGAACCCCACCAAGUAGCAGAAGAAGAGCAGCAGGAAUUGCAGAGAGGAGGAAGCUAGGAGAUGGGAGUGGAUUACUAUAAGAUCCUCCAAGUCGACAAGAACGCCAAUGACGGAGACCUCAAGAAGGCCUAUCGCAAGCUCGCCAUGCGAUGGCACCCCGACAAGAAUCCCAACAACAAGAAGGUAGCUGAGGCCAAAUUCAAAGAGAUCUCCGAGGCUUACGAGGUUUUAAGUGAUCCCCAGAAGCGCGCCAUCUACGACCAAUACGGGGAGGAGGGGCUCAAGGGGCAGGUCCCGCCUCCGGAUGCCGGCGGGGCCUCCUUCUUCCCCGGCGGCGGUGGGGACGGGCCCACCGUGUUCCGCUUCAACCCAAGGAACGCCGACGACAUAUUCGCGGAGUUCUUCGGUUUCUCGAGCCCGUUCGGGGGCAUGGGAGGCGGCAUGAAGAAGGGUGGAACCAGGUUCUCCAGCUCGAUGUUUGGGGAUGACAUCUUUGGGUCGGCGUUUGGUGGCGGAGAGGGGCCGAUGAAUUCGCGUCAGCCCGAGAAGGCGGCGCCGAUCCAGAAUACGUUGCCAUGUAGCCUUGAGGAGUUGUAUAAAGGCACAACGAAGAAGAUGAAGAUCUCCAGGGUGAUUGCGGAUAUAAGUGGCAAAACAAUGCCAGUGGAGGAAAUCCUGACCAUUGAGAUAAAGCCUGGUUGGAAGAAGGGAACAAAGAUUACGUUCCCUGAGAAAGGAAACGAAGAGCCCAAUGUCAUUCCUGCAGACAUUGUUUUCAUCAUCGAUGAGAAGCCACAUCCUGUCUUCACAAGGGAAGGAAAUGAUCUGGUUGUGACAAAGAAAAUUUCUCUUGUGGAAGCUCUGACUGGGCAUACCGCCCAUUUGACAACAUUGGAUGGUCGCAGCCUCACCAUACCAAUAAAUUCUGUGAUCCAUCCCAGCUACGAGGAGAUUGUUCCUAGGGAGGGCAUGCCGAUACCGAAGGAUCCAUCCAAGAGAGGAAACCUUAGAAUCAAAUUCGACAUCAAGUUCCCAACAAGGCUUACUUCGGAGCAGAAAGCUGGAAUCAAAAGGCUGCUUGGUCCUUAAUCCUGAAGCGACUGGAGAGAGAAGUUUGUGAAUAUUUCUAGUGCGGCUUGGCUUGAUGGGCUUGAUGUAUUUAUAAGCUGAACAGGCUUUUGCAAGAGCUGUAUCUGAUAGCUGAGUAUAAACAUAAUUGUAACAUGAUCAUUUUUCAGUAAUAGAAAAAAAAUACAGAGAUGGUCUCUUAUUUUUUCCCAAAA